CUUGGACACGUUUCUAGCAGAGUGUGAUUAUGUCACAAGCAGCCAAGAUCCAGAUCAAAGUACAGAGGCGGAGGAGGUGAGGUCUGUGCUGCUGCCACAGCUUCUUCUGCAGCUUCCUGGCACUGGGCUCUUCACACUGCAGUGAUAAUAUUCUGGCAGCAGGGGGAGGCGCUGAGCAGGAGAAGACCAAGAAGUCUCAGGCUUAGGAUGGACUAUAAGAAGAUAGCCGAUGAUGUCUCCCAGACGAUUCGAUCGUACAGCCAGGAUACGUCUGGAUGGAAAGUUGCCAAAUCUACAAAAAAUAUCACUAUUUCAUGGAAACCAUCCAACGAAUAUCCAGGAAAUAUAUAUCGUGGAGAAGGAAUAAUUGAAGGCGUCCCCGAAAAAGUUAUUCCUUUUAUGUAUCUUGCUAAAUACAGAUCGAAGUGGGACUCCGCCCUGAAAUCCUAUUCCAUUCUUGAAGAGGUUGACGAGGACACUUUCAUCUGUCACUGUAUCACACACAGUCAUGGGAUGGGGCUCAUCUCACCGAGAGAAUUUGUGGACUUGAUUCAUAUCAGGCGGUAUGAUGGUGGAGUAGUCACCACUAAUUCCAUCAGUGUGGAGUACGACAAGUGCCCUGUAAGCAGCUCCCCUGUUCGUGGCUUCAAUAACCCAUGCGGAUACGUCUGUUCACCUUUACCUGAGAACCCGGCACAUUCCAGGCUGGUUGUGCUUAUUCAGCCGAAUCUGGGAGGUUUACUGCCGCGCUCCGUGGUGGAAUCGGCUUUACCCAGUAAUGUCGUCGGCCUCAUCAAUGACGCUCGAGAAGGAAUAAAAACACUUUUACAAGGAUGACGAGAAUUAAUAAAAAAUUGCUUCUAUUAUUUAAUACCGAAUAAUACUGUUUACCUUGAUUCCUGAAAUACUUUGGGGCGAUGAUUAGUUCAGCAUGAAAUUAAAAAAGGAAAUUAAUAAAAAGCCCCUUUCGUGUGCAUUAAUAAUGUGAAAACCCUUUAAAAAAAAUCUUAUUUCUUAUUCUGGAAA